AUGCCCGGGGCGACUUACUUUGUCAACCCCAGAAUUUCCGACUGGCCAGAAUGGUGCAACUCAUUCGCCAACCCUAUGACCUUUCUGUGCCGGUUAAUUCAAAUUCCAUCCAACCCCCGAGACGCACGCAACCCAGCUCAGCCUGGCUGCCCAGCCGGCCAGGAAAACAACUAUGGUCUUUUCGACCUCUCCUAUAAGGAUGUCUGGAUUCAACACAGAAAACUCAUGAUUAUCGCCCUGCUCAAUGGCGUCGGAACCGAGGGAGAUGAGCGCAUGAUGAUGAUGGCUCUCGCCCGAGAUCUCCAGACCGAUGAGCAUAGAUACCACAAAGCCAAACACCACGCCGAUCACGAGUGGAUUCUCGGCCAGCUGCUUGGACAGGCUGGCUAUGGGCCUGUAUACACCAGCGAAGACGUCCACGAACAAGACCUCAGUUAUCCAUUUAUGGGCCUGCCGGUAUACUAUCAGUUGCUGUCCCCUAUGCCCGGCCAGUGGCUCGGCCACGUUUACCAGUCUCUGUCCCACUUCCAGCUGGCUAAUUUCUUCGUCACUGGGGGUAUGAAAUGCAUCAUCCAGAUCCCAAUUUCUUCGUUUACAAUGAGCUGGCUGACAAGCUGCAAGUAUACUUCCACCUUACCUGUUAACCUUGCUCUUACCUCUGAAUUUCCUAGAUAUUUGGUCGAUCUGUCCUCGGUUUUUUUCAAAGGACAUGGAGGGUCAGCUCCCGUCCUGGAGGAUAGUCCCUGCAUUCAAGCUCUUCGCAUCUGGCGUGGAGCUCCCCAAACGCCCGCUCCGCCAGUGUCCUUACCCGUCGUCUGGUCUCAGAAAGACAAUCAAGUUCGUCUGGUAAAGGACUGCAAAACACCUCGUUGGCUGGUUGGAAACAUAAAGAGCAAUGGCUUCUUCCUGAAGAUGGGAAAAGGUGCGAAAGUCAAGCUGGGUGCUAUCAGCACCAAGAAAGGACGAGAUGAGGUCAAUCAACAUUGA